UCUCUUUUCUAUCCACUCUGGUUUCUCCCCUCUGCCUGCCUGCCUGCCUCGCAGUCUGACCUUCCCAGACUUAUUUCAUCCAAAAGAAGAAAAAAAAAACUCCAGAUAUCAGAAUGAGCAGUUAUAAGACCUCUGCUUACACCGUGAGGAGUUCCAGUGCCCCACGGAACUUCAGCAGCAGAUCCUAUGGUGGAGCAGGCAGUGGUGGUGCCUCUCGCACUAGCUACAGUGUCAAGAGUUCCUAUGGAGGAGGCAACAGGGGAUUCGGAGGCAUCACCAGUUCUUCUUCCUUCGGCCUGGGUUCAAGCAUGGGUGGUGCCAGCAUGGGUGGUGCAGGCAUGGGCAUGGGUGGUGGCAUGGGCUUCGGUGGUGGCAUGGGUGUUCAUACCCCCAUCACAGCCGUGACUGUGAACAGGAGCCUUUUGGCCCCCCUGAACCUAGAGAUUGAUCCCAACAUCUCAGCUGUCCGCACCCACGAGAAAGAGCAGAUCAAGACCCUCAACAACCGGUUUGCUUCCUUCAUUGACAAGGUUCGCUUCCUGGAGCAGCAGAACAAAAUGCUGGAGACCAAGUGGAACCUGCUGCAGGGGCAGACCACCACCCGCUCCAACAUUGACGCCAUGUUCGAGGCCUACAUCGGCAACCUGCGCAGACAGCUCGACAGCCUGGGCAAUGACAAGAUGAAGCUGGAGGCCGACCUGCACAACAUGCAGGGUCUGGUGGAGGACUUCAAGAACAAGUAUGAAGAUGAGAUCAACAGGCGCACAGAGUGUGAGAAUGACUUCGUCCUCAUCAAGAAGGAUGUCGAUGAGGCCUACAUGAACAAGGUUGAGCUGGAGGCCAAGCUGGAGAGUCUGACAGAUGAGAUCAACUUCCUCAGGUCCAUCUAUGAGGAGGAACUUCAUGAGCUCCAGAGCCAGAUCAAGGACACUUCAGUCGUUGUGGAGAUGGACAACAGCCGCAACCUGGACAUGGACUCCAUUGUGGCUGAAGUCAAGGCUCAGUAUGAGGACAUCGCCAACCGCAGCCGCGCCGAGGCAGAGUCAUGGUACAAGUCCAAGUAUGAAGAGAUGCAGACAUCCGCCAGCAGAUACGGAGAAGACCUCAGGUCUACCAAGACAGAGAUCGCAGACCUCAACCGCAUGAUCCAGAGACUGACAUCAGAGAUUGAUGCCGUCAAGGGACAGCGUGCCAACCUGGAGGCCCAGAUCGCUGAGGCUGAAGAGCGUGGUGAGAUGGCUGUGAAGGACGCCAAGUCACGCAUUAGGGACCUGGAAGAUGCCCUGCAGAGAGCCAAACAGGACAUGGCCCGCCAGAUCAGAGAAUACCAGGACCUGAUGAACGUCAAACUGGCUCUGGACAUUGAGAUCGCCACCUACAGGAAACUGCUGGAGGGAGAGGAGGAUAGGCUGGUGAAUGGCAUUAAGUCUAUCAACAUCUCCCAACAGAGCACAAGCUACGGCGGUUAUCCCAUGGACAACGUGAAGAGCAGCUACUCAAGCGGCUACUCCAGCGGGUUUGGCAGCGGAUAUGGAGGCGGAUAUGGAGGCGGAUACAGCAGCAUGGGCAGCAGUAGCAUGGGCAGCAGUAGCAUGGGCUUCAGCAGCGGCAGCACCGGCGGUUACAGCACCACCCAGAGCAAGAAGAACGUUGUUAUCAAGAUGAUUGAGACCAAGGACGGCAGAGUGGUGUCUGAGUCCUCUGAAGUCAUUGCGGAUUGAGCUGUCUAGUUUAGAGGUGUAGCUACCUGUCUGCUAUGAUCUCCUCUGCCUCUCUGUUAGUUUUAUACUUACAGUUCACCCCCACUCCCCUCCAACUAUGAAGUAAAAUGCUUGCCAGCCAUUCUAAGAUAGAGCCUAAAUAUUAUUUUCAUGAAGCAAUAAAUGAUCCUAACACUACCAAAGAUCUGAAAGGGACCAAAGAACUUAUCGUGUAUGUCUGAUUUCCGACUGUGUACUUGAGAAGGAGUUUUGUCUCAGAAAGUGAGAUAAAAACUGGGCAAAUUGCAACUAUGAAAAGAAUAUAUAUAUAUGUAACACAUCCUUGACAACUAUGCAACAGCAAUUCCAUACACGAAGGGUUGUUUCCUUCAAAAAAGUUUCGCAUAGACAGUGGAGUUGUUAAAGGAAUGUGAAUGUACUGAAAUAGUGCUUCAGUGUUGUUGGUCAACUAAUGUCUCAAAAUUGCCUGCUACAGUAAGUACAGUAGUGCAUGUCUUCCCUGUGCGUGUCCUGUGACUGAAACUGUUCAACCCCUUAGGAGGCUGCCCACAUCUAACUGUUGUUCUGAGGAGCUGUUUUUGCUACCAAACCAAAUAAAAAUGUGUUUACUGAAAGAUAA